AUACAUGUCAAUCCAUCCGUGGAAACGAGAUAGCAGACAAAACCGGAGUGCAGUCGGAUCGAAUAAUUAGUGUAGUAUAAAAUGGCAAGUUUUUGACAACCAAAACACAGUGCACUUCUAUUGCUUAUUGGAUUACCUUGUCGGCAAUAUGAACAAAUAUUUGGCGGUAUGUUGCCUUCUGGCGUUAACUGCAGCGUCAUCAGCAUACCCGUCGACACUCGGUGUCAUGAAUAUUGCAACAAUCGAAAAAAUUCCGGAUCCGAGUUACGCGUUCAACUACGCAGUCAACGAUCCCUCUACCGGUGACAACAAGGCGCAAUGGGAGAGCCGUCUUGGCGAUGUAGUCAAAGGUGCUUACUCACUUGUGGAGCCCGACGGCAACGUACGAAUGGUCGAGUACACUGCCGACCCCGUCCGCGGAUUUAACGCUGUCGUCAAACGAACUCAACCCAAUGUACACCCAGUAUCGGCUGUGUAUCAACAAAUUACACAGGUGGAGCACGAGCACAUUGAAGCUCCUAUUUACGAACCGCCGCAGGAGCAAUUAGCCCCACUUGACCAAGUUGAACACCAAGCUCCACAAUUUGAACACAUAGCUUCACAUAUAGAACACAUAGCUCCACAAGUAGAACACAUAGCUCCGCAAGUUGAACACAUAGCUCCGCAAGUUGAACACGUAGCUCCAUUGUCGCAUGAUAUGUUCAAUAUGGCCCCAUUAAAUUCUAUCGUGAACGUGGAGCACGACGCACAAAUUGCUCCACUUGCCCCGAUAGCUCAUGAGCCUUACGCACACGAACCGACACUCCCCAUUAUGGAGAGUGCUCCGCUCUACGCGCAAUAUCCAACGAUCCACUACCUUCCUUAUCCAAUACAUCUACCACAACAUACUCCUUGGGUUACGUUGUCCGGUACCUCGUACGGUCACAAGGGCAAAGUUUUACGUAGAUGGAACGCGGGGCCCAUCUCCCUUGAUGGCAAGACGUUGACCAUCAGAACUAAACAUUAAGAACUCAUUUCCGUGUGCCACAUAACAGUAAGCUAUAAAAACUUCUAUAUGUAUAGGUAACCUUUUAGUUACUCAUGACACUUGUGUGUUUUGCACAUUGUAUAUUUUUUGCACGUGUAAAAGUACACAUAGGUCUUGAUAGAAGUUAAGAAUAAGGUAAAUCCAGAGCUAAGAAGUGUACCUGAUAUAAAACCAUUAUACGACUGUGAAUAAAAAUAAUUAACGUUC